AUGUGCACUGAAUCAAACCCUGUUGCAUGCGUCAAAGAAAGUGAAUGGCUUGUUUCACAGUAAGAAAGCAUAGAAUUAAUAAAUCGAGGAAUGCAUGCUAUUUAGGCAAUGCUAUUAGACAUUUGUAAGAAGUGGCACGCAGGUAAUCCAUUUUUAUGGGUUUGAGCGGUUGUUGUUCCCGGAUUGAGGUGUCAUGGCUGCCGCGCGCUGGUGACUGAUUGUGGUUGGACAGGAGAGCGGAACAAAGCGCUCGCUCUGUGCAUCCAAUAUGAAUGUGGACAAUGACGACCCAGACACCCAUGCUAAUUCUAACGGGCAGAUUGGCAAUGAAGAGAAGGGAAACUGGCAUAAACGCCUACGUCUCAGGAAAACCACCUCCUCUUCUCCUGCUCAACAAAUCACUGUGAAAGAAAAGAAGAACAUUACAGAAGAAAACCAUGGACGGGAAACCACAGAGAUGCCCAAAAAAACACCUCAAAAUCUGCAGCAUGACCAGACAGCGGAUACCCCGAAGACCCAGCUCAUGUUCAUUUGUUCUGCUUGUAAUGAUGGCCGCUUGUUCAGAUCUAGUGAAUUAUUAGUGCAUUUUAAGACCGUUCAUGAAGGUAAAGGCAGCCCGCCAUCAUUUCCUUGCAACAUGUGCCAUUUCUCUACGCCAGUUUUUACAACGCUCCAAAAGCACCGGAUGAAACAUAAGGACUGUUUGCUCACCUGCGAGAUCUGUAAUGACAACGUCCUGCAAACGCUGCCCCAGCUAACCAAACAUUGUCAAACUCACCAUACUUUGAAUGAUCAAUACCACUGUCACACAUGCAGCUUCUCUGUCAAAGAAAUUAAGCAGUUUGUGUGCCACUCUUGUCCAGCACCAAUCAAAAACAUUCAUGAAGAAAGCAUUACUGAUGGUAAGUUUAAAAACAGCCUAUUGGCUGACGCCGCAGGUACGACGCAGAAAGAUGAACUUUUAAAACACAUGGCAUGUCGCCAAAGAUGGAGCAGAAGGAACUGGUGGAGAAAGCGAGAACCUGCUUCCAAACCGGACAAUAAUCUCUCCCAAGACUUCAGGUUCCCACUUCCAAAACCAGAACCUCAAUGGGCAUCCCCAGUGUUUUCAGCACCAGGUCUCCUGGAUGAUCAUGGAGUCUUGUUGGAUCCAGAGAAGACCUUGGAGGAAACGCAGCAGUUUCUUCAAAGGACAGUUAACGGUGGUCAAAAGUGGCCCAUAUCUCUCAAAAGCGAACAAGAUCAGACAACACCCUCUCCAGCACAGUCAAAGGCAAUGCAGUGUAGCACUCCCCACCUGGGCCUGCAUCAUGCAAGGAAAGAUAAGCUUACAGGACUCAUGGAGAAGAACAAUAUAUCUGUUCCCCCAGAUUGCACUACAAAGGUGGUUGGGUUCAAGAUGGUAGACGGCAAGAAGCAUUUAGUUCUCAAAGUCAUUCCGACAACCAAACGAGAAGUUUCGUCCCCAAGGGAAUCGAAAGACAUUGAAUCAAGAUCUCAAGCUGAGAAACCAAGUGACCAAACAUGGGUCGUGCAAGAUAAAUCAAAUAAUGUUUCAACCAGUAAUGCCUCAGGAAACUUGACAUCUAGGGGGUUUGUGUACCAAGCAGAGAAGCAGGGACCUGGCAUAAAUCAGCAAGACUUCCUGUCUCCAAUAGCCAUAAGGAGAAAAAGCCAGCAAGGAGAUGGCUUCAACAACCAGGAACAUUCUGAUUGCAAAACACCCUUGAAUGACUCGGAAAAUGAAGAAAAUCUCAAUGCAGCAAGUCAUCGAAGCACCAAAGAGUCACCAUCAUGCAAAGACAUCACAUCUGACUUUAAUAGUGAUUCUGAGAGAAUUAAAGAGACCAAGAACACGCCAAAGGAAGUGAGACUCUUCACCGAGGCGUAUAAUCAGAGUUCCAGUGCAAAGAGAGUCACGAAAGACCAUCAAGCUGCCUGUGAAUCGGAGGAAAACUGUACCAGUGAUUUGGCCUUGAGUCUUGCGGCAGAUACUGGUUCUCUGGAAGAGCUUUGUAGCUCACGACUUGUUCCUCUGCAGUCUGACAAUGAGUCUACCACAAGAUUUUGUUCUACCAUCAUUGAUCAAGGUGUGGAGAAAGUUACCUCAGAAAUUAAACAGCCGCCAAAUACAGAUUCGUUCCUCGAGAGUUGCUCUGUCUCAGAGUUUGAUUGUACGACUCCAGCCACUGGAUCUCCCCUGAAAGAUCUGACUGAGUCUUCAUGUCGUUUUCAAGGUGGAGAUGGGGACGUGUUAUUCAACAGCAGUGGUGACGAGUGCACAAACAACAUGGACCACAGAGACUCGCUGCUCCCAGUCGGGCAGUACGACUGUGAGAUGAGGGAAAGCCGCUGCGCUUCAGACAUGUAUCAGACGGUGGAUGAGUUGCCGAUAACAACCAUCAGCCAUUUACUGGAUGGUGUAAAAGCUCAACGGACAUUACUUUUGGAUAACAGCACUGGUGGCCUGACGUCUGAUGAGUUUCUGAAAGGUUCAACAUGCACUGGAGCUGCAAACCAGCAAUCUGAGCCAGUCAACACCGAUAUCACUUCCAGUUCCGUUCCAUCAUCCACAGAAUCCAGUGAACCGAGCAUCAAACAGUCAAGCAUUCCUCUCGCAUCCCAGAAUGAACUAGUGAUGAACCGGAAGCGCAUGGGAGAACAAUUCUUAGACGACUCAUUACCUGCCUCUAAAUUCCAGAAGCGAUCGACUCUGAGUUCAGAGGACGUCACUGUGUCUCUCCUCCACUGGGAGCCGGAGCCUCGAGAUGUACUGAGAACUCUUCGACUGAUUCCCCACUGUUCGUCACAAUCCGUUAAAAUUCCGCACGAUAACCAGCCCGUUAUAGUUCUCAACCAUCCCGACAGUGAUAUUCCAGAGGUGAUGAACAUCAUGAGGGUCGUUCACAAACACGGAGGUGCCGUCGAGCGGGUCGUACUGUCUCGGAAAACCAUCAACGCGCUAUCGGAGCUUAACUGUGACAACUUCAGGAAUAACAUCGUAGCAGAUUGUCAUGCAUCCCAUUGCAGAAGGGAAUGGCCUAAUGGGACUGUUAAGGAAAAGUUUAGUUUGAAGUUGAAGCUUAAGAGGGUUUGUGGAAGGAAGUAUACCGUGGUGCCGACCGUGUCGGAAAGCAUCGUACUGCAGCCAACGUUUAGAUGCUGGUUUUGCGGGCGGCUUUUCAGAAACCAAGAGGCUUGGGUCGGUCACGGACAGAGACAUUUAAUGGAGGCGACCAGAGGCUGGAACAAACUCUUCAACCGCUGAGAGAAACUUCAUGGUUGGUUUAUAUUACAUCCGAGAUGGAACGCUUUUAAAGUAAUUGUUCACCCAUCAUCAUUUACUCACUCUUAUGUUGUUCCAAGCUUAAACAAAUUCUCCUAGUAUGUUCCACAGAGAAAAAAUAAAAGCAUACUGGUUCGGAACGAUAUGAGGAUGAGUAAAUAAUGACAGAAUUUUCAUUUUUGGUUGAACCGUUCCUUCAAGGAGUGCUGUGAAUGUUUCGAUGGUCGCUAGAAUCAGGGUUAUUGUGCAAAUCUCAGGGUGAGAAAUUAAGGUUCCUCAUUUGGUCCAAAUCUGAGGAUAUUUGUCUUUCACUGUUGGGUGAUUCUCACGAAACCUGUCAAGAUAAAAAAAAAGAAAAAAGAAGUAAUAUUUUGUACAACGAAAAUGAAGACUACAUCAUUACGAUUUUUUGCAUUGUGACAUUUUCAUGACACUUGAGCACAUUUUACACAUCCGGACGUUUUAUUUUUACUAUUCCCAUUGUUUUUAAUAAUGAUUCUCCUUUUUACUCUAUUACAGAAAUAAAAAAGGUGCUGUUGUACAAUGAUCUUUUAAUCAAAAACAGCAAAAAUUAAAAGCUGUACCAAGACAAUACUACUAUGAUAUAGCACUUCACAGUUUAUAAAAAAAUAUAUAUAUAUAUUUUUUUUCACAUUUUUUUCACAUUGUGGUAAUGAUAAAAUCUGCAUUGCGGUAAAAACAGAGUUAGGGGGUAAAAUAUGCUAAAAUAUUGUCAUAAAGAAAAAUAAACAUUAAUGGUCCUAAAAGUGGGCUUCAUUUUUCUAUAUGCAAAAUAAUGUUUUUUAAUUGAGUUUUGGAGUAAAAUCGACCAGGACAUUUUCUUGACUGGUUUCGUGAGAAUCACACUGUUGCAUUCUUUAUAGUAAUAACCUUAGAAACCGGGUAACAAUUGAUAUUAUUGAAUAUUCAAGCAUUAUUUAUUUAAUUCCAGAAUGUGAAAAAGAAGUGCAUUAUCUGAUACUGUGUUUUGUGAUAGACCAAAUCCACUGCUCACAAUACUGUUAUAAAUCAGAUUUUGUGAGAUUAUUGCUUUGAACUCAGGUAAUAUUGUCAUAAUCCACUGCUGUUUGCUGAAUACUAAUUGAAACUUUGUGUUGAAAGUCACUUUGUGACAUUUACGCUCAACACCGUUUGGUUGCUCUGUCAGCCGGCGUAAUAUUACUUUCAUCAACAGAAUGAAAUGACUGAAUAAGACAGGUUUUUGUCUCAAAGUAUGUCGUUUUGCAUUAACGGGAAUUGUAUUUUAUUUUUACCGCUUAAAACAGAUUAACCUGUGCUGAAGUUCUGGAUUACAAAUCAACUUCAAUAAGGAUUUUGUCCCUGAAAUGUUUACAGAAUGUGAAGUAGUUUGCUUGUUGCUUUUUUGUGAAAGUCUGGCUGUUGAAGAUUUCCGAAGGUGCUUUUGGCUCCUGUUUGUUGCGUUGCAUGCACAUUUAGCAAUAUUUGAAAACCAAUAUGCAAGAAAAUAUGUUGAACUGCAUUGGCAGUACAUUAUUGAAAUUCUGUAUUUAUGCUAAUUGUCUUUAUAUUUAUUAUUUCAGCGUGAUGAUGGCUGUUACGUUGUUACAUGGGUUUGAUUAAGGCUUUAAUCAAAAUGUAAAUUAAUUACCAUAGAUUUAUCUAAUUGUUAAGAUAUUUUUCAUUAUUAAAGUACUAUGUCGAAUGUUGUAAACUGGGAUGUUUUGGUUGUCAAAUCAAAUUGAAGAACUAUCCAAACAUAAGGAUUUUAUUCUCAUUUACAAAGCCAAAGGAUUUUUUUAAUAAUAAUCAGAGGAAUAAUUUGUGUUAAUAGGCUUAUUUUCUAAAAGUAACAAUGCAACCCUCAAUGACUUGAAAAGUUUGAACUUAAUUGUGAUGAUCAUGUGUUGUGAAUAUUGUGACGAACUGCAAUAUAUGAAGCUGAAUUAGCUGUAUAUUCCAGGUCUGUGAUCCACUUGACCUGAAAACCAAAGUUAAUGUGUUUCCUAUGUUUGUAAAGACUUUUAAACACAGGUAAAAGCACUUGUGUUGCAUUAUCAGCUGUGAAUGACACUUUGUGUUUCUGAAUUGGAGAAGUGCUUCAAUUCAACCUCACGACUGUGAGCCCCCCAAUUAGAGCUGUCAAUCAGUAAAUAUAAUUUAUUUUGAAACC